UCUUGACGUCGACCGGUGUGUUUCAUGAGGGUGUAUCAGCUACUGUGUUCAACAGUUCAUUAUAUAUCACAUUGUAACAAUGGGAUUGUUAUUGAAACAAUGGACGUCUAUUACAUCUCUACGCAAGCUGAUGUAAUUAUCUUCAGAUUGUUUGGGUCUCUUUCAUCAGCUGAACUUUGACCUGCAUACAGUGUAGAUUUGUUGUAGAACUGUUCUUCAAGUCUUAUAUAUAACUUAUGACCAAGUUAAUGCAAACAUUCACACAUACAGGAUUCUUAUUAUAAACCAUCAUGAUUGAUGCCAGUUGUAUGCCCUACACAACAUGCGCCUUAACGGUAGUUGCAAUUGUCCUAACAACGUACUGGUUCUUCAGGCGUCGCCAAAAAAGCAGAUCCUGGCAAUGUUACGGGGUCAAAGAUGUUCAAUUCCCGUCAAUGGGUUUUGGAGAUUUCAGAGCUAUUUGUAAACAAUUUAUCACUGAACAUGGCGACACGGUGGGUGUGUCCGGCGCUAACAUGAUGCUGAUCAGCCGUGACGUUGAACUUCUGAGACAUGUUCUGGUCAAAAGACUUCAACAACUUCACUGACCGGGCCGUAGGUGUGAUCACCAGGUCCUACCUGAAGCACGGUCUGUUCUUCCUCCAAGGUAGAAGCUGGCGCAGAAUGAGACACAUCUUGUCUCCCUCAUUCACGACAGGGAAACUUAAACACACGAGUCUUACAAUUGACCAGGCCGCUCAAAGACUCACGUCUGUACUCGAAAGUCUGGCCAGGAAAGGUGAACUGCUUCCGAUCAAAUAUAUAAGUGGUCAGUAUACGAGUGAGAUCAUCGCCAGGACCGGCUUUGGCCUGGAGACCCACUGCCUGGGAGAGGAGGACGAUGAGUUCACGCAGAUGUGCAAGUCACUUAUAAAGAUACACGGACCCAUCAGAAACCUGCUCACCACGUUUCUUCUAUUUUUCCCUAGACUGCACACAUUUCUGUCGAAUACUUUAGGUCUUCAGUCGUUUGACCAGGUCAACCUGGAAGCAGACAGGUAUUUCAAGCAUGUUUUAACAAAGACGGUGUCGGAGAGACAAGAAAUCUUGAAGGAAGGCGGCAAAUUGCCGAAAGAUCUACUGCAAAGUUUGAUCCAAGCGAAAGAAUUAGGAGACAAUGACAAUGUGGAAUUGAACGAGGUUGCUAAAAGUGAAUCCUGGGAUGACCUCCCUAAAAACAUGUCAGAAAAAGAACUGAUAGGCCAGUCCAUAUUGAUCCUUUUUGCAGGGUUUGAAACAACAUCCACCACGUUACAGUUUUGUCUCUAUCUCCUGGCCCAGCAUCAGGAUGUUCAGGAAAAGUUGUUGCUCGAGAUUCAAGAAGUAAUUCAGUCGGAGACUCCAACAUAUGAAGAAGUAAACAAACUCAAAUACAUGGAGCAGGUUCUGGACGAGACUCUGCGACUGUUCCCACCCCUCCCUAUCAUCACCAGAAAGGCUCUGGAAACCAAAACAUAUGGCGAUGUCACUGUACCCCAAGGUGCCUGGGUGAUGGUGCUACUUGACCAGAUCAUGAUGGAUCCCAAACACUUUCCACAGCCUGAACAGUUUGACCCAGAAAGAUUUUCUGAAGAGAAUGUCAGCAAGAGAGAUUCCUUAAGCUUCGUUCCGUUUGGCAGUGGCCCCAGACUCUGUCUUGGGAUGAGGUUGGCCUACUUGGAACUAAAAUUAGCUUUGGUUCAUGUCUUAAGGAAGGUCAAAGUUGAGCUUAAUGAUAAGACUGAGCCCAAACGCGGCGAGAAACCAAAAAUAAGUUAUCAUGGAAUCGUCGUUGUGGACAAUCCUAUUCAGCUGGCCUUGACAUUGAGAGGUUAAUAUGUCACAUUUCAUGUAUCUUUUAAGCUAUCCAUAUACAUUUUUAAAUAGUUUACAUUCAUGCAUUAUACAAGAGAAUUGAACAAUAAAUAAACUUUGACCUUUUUCUUAUAAGAUAUAACAAUUCUAUACAUUUCUAUUUUUUUUAUUUUACUUUGUAUAUAUUUUUAUCAACUUUAGAAUUUUUUCAAACUUUGUUUGGCUUAAAUGGCAGCAAUUCUAACAACACACAAAAGUAUUACUUAGUUGAAACGUUUCUUUAAACGAAGAGAUUUUUAACAUUUUCAGGUUGUUCUACUUCUCGCUAGUGUCUGACCUGUAUUACUUUCUUCAUUAAUCUUAUGAUUAGUUCUGGCAAAGUUUCGCUGGCUUAAAAAUAAUAUAUAAAUUGCUUGUUUCUUCUUAUGUUUGUCCAGACUCUAGAGUGCUAACAUUAAUAGCUGUAUAUUUUACUCUUUUUUUUUUAAGGUUUGGCGUUAUUAAUUAAAACGUAUUUUCAGUAUUUGGUUAUUAUUGGACCCAAACUUUUUUUUUGUGAACUUUAACAAGCAUUGACAUUUUUUUAAAUAUGAAUAUUUAUUUUAAAUACAGAACUAUGAAUAAAACAACAACUAAUGUUUAGAUUGGCAUUUUUAUAUAUAUAUAAUAAAUAUACUUCGUAAAAUAGCAA